GACGUGUCCGUCCUAGCUCAAGCGCCAGGGACCGUGGGUGGUAGGCGACGCCGUGAAGUGAGCGCAGCCAGGGAUGACUCUCAAAUCGACCGGUGGUCGUUUCUACAGCACUCGUUGCUGCGUCUUCUGCCAUGUUCGAACCGGGACCAUCGUCCUCGGGGCUUGGUACAUGGUGGUGAACUUGCUGAUGGGCAUUUUGUUGACUGUGGCAGUUACUCACCCUGAAAGGGUGGCCCCACUGGACCUACAGUAUGAAGUUAUUGGAAACUACUAUUCCUCAGAUAGAGUGACGGAAAAUGCUUGUGUUGGGUUUACCAUCUCUCUUUUGAUGUUUACUAUCAGUGCCAUGUUGGUGUAUGGCGCUAUUACUCAUCGUGGAGGAUGGCUGAUUCCAUUCUUCUGCUACUUGCUGUUCAAUUUUGCUCUGUCUUGCCUUGUUGCCAUCAGCUCUCUCACCUAUGUACCCAGGAUCAAGGACUAUAUUGACCAAUUGCCGGAUUUUCCUUACAAGGAUGACCUCCUUGCUUUGGACUCGAGUUGUCUUCUCCUGAUGGUUCUGCUUACCUUUACCAUUAUCAUAACUGUUAAGGCUUACUUCAUAAACUGUGUCUGGAACUGCUACAAGUACAUCAACAAUAGGAACACACCUGAGAUCGCUGUGUAUCCAGCUUUUGAAACACCCAUUCAGUAUGUGCUGCCAACCUAUGAAAUGGCAGUGAAGAUGCCAGAAAAAGAACCUCCACCUCCAUACAUGCCUGCUUGAAUAUAAUGUAAAUCAAAGCAAAUGAGUGUUUUUUCUUAAAUUUGAACUUUGUUAUCUUGCAUUUAAGCUUUGAUACUUUGUAACAGCAAUAUGUUUGGGUAAAUUCUUGAGUACCUAGGAGAUUAUAUUUUGUAUGUAAACAGGAUUAAAACUUAAACCUUUAUCAAUUACUUUUAAACUAUUUCUUGUUAAUUAGUUGAGUGAACGUUUUUGAUCCUUCUGCUUUAGUACAGUAUUUUCCUUUGAAUUGCCCUUCAUUUAAAAAAUUGGCUAGGGUUUAUCUUGUAACUGAGUGGUAAGUUGAUUGCUUUAAGGAAUGUCGAGGACCAAGCCCGUCAUGAAUUUGAAACUUAAUCCAGAUGCUUUUGCUGAGAGAUGGUGCAGAACUUGAAAUUGCAGUACUUGACUUCUACCACUGGAGGUUCCAAGUGAUCCAUUAUUAAACCUCCAAAGGCAGAAAUGAUGUGACUGCAGAGUAUAUUUCCCCUGAUCUGUCCAACUUUUUGUGGGCUGUAGGUUUCAACAGUUGGUUGAUUGUCUAUUUGCAACAAGAAAAUGUGCUGUUGAAUGAACGGGUCAAAUGUAUUUGUCUUGUCCUCUUCUCAAAUUGAUUUAAGAUUCUUCUUGGUAUAAUUUGGAUCUGUUUUCAGUGUGAGGAAAUAAAGACCGUUGCUGUUUUCUGCAUUAUAUAGCUGAUAA